AUGGCAACAACGACCCGUCCAAACCAGAAACCAGGAAAGCUUUCUUCCAAAUUCGGAGCUGCCUUUGCCGCUUUUGAAAACAACAGUGGUGAAUCAAAUGUUCCGCAAGCUUUCCGGUCUGCCACCACCACGAGAAAGACAAAGCCAAAUACUACUACAGGUCAAACAAGAAGAAGCAACUCAUCCACGCCACUGUUGAAGAAGCAUCAUCAUCCGAACGUGUCAUCGUCUUCUGAAGAAAAGCCGAGGACCAGGUUCAGUCAAUCCAAUUCGUUUCAACGACGAAGCGUCAGUAAUACUGAGAAAGCUUCUGAAAUGGAUAACAACAAGCAUGAACAAGACCAACCCUCCGCACAAACUCCUUCUGCUGCUGCUGAACGGACCAAUAGUACCGCUGAGGAUAUGAUCGCAUUACCUACUACGCCUGGAAAGAGAAACUUUCGAGUUUCUUCCAAACUUGUUGCCAAUCGGGCCAUGGUAUUUGAAUCGUCAAAUAGCAAGAACAAUAGUAGUAGUACUACUACUACUACUACUACUGACACGGCCCUGCUCGCUGAAGAUAAACAUAUCGACGAUGACGAUUCUGAAUGUUAUGGAUACAUUGACCUUGCACCAGUCAAGGAAACUGUACACAGUACAAUUGAUGGGGUCUGCAGUGAUGGUGAAUACGAAGAGUUUUGGGAGGAAGAAACUUUGGAUUCAACAGAGGAAGCAGAUGAUUGGACCUAUCAAAGCUGGGAAGAAGAAACAAUUGUGGACGAUAGAGUGCUGCUGGAAGAGGAGGAAAAUGAAGAAGAAGUAGUAGUAGCAGUAGAAGAGGAAUAA